CUUUUUCAUUGAGGAAAAAUAGAGUAUUAUCCUUCUGUCGUUGCUAAUUUGUCUUUAUAAAAAUCAUAAUGUAUAAAGUAAAUAAUCUGUUUAUGUUUAAACUUUGAAUUAACGUAAUCCAGUUCUCAAAAUGUUACUUAUACAAUUUAUUUUAUACUUACUUAUUAUUACAAAGCAACGACCUCUUUGGCAGAUGUUAUUGUUUUUCUAAUUUUUGAAGUAGUUCAUGGUUUUUUAAGGGAUAUUAAUUAUGAGUUAUCCUUUAAAAUGUACCAAACUAGGAGUGCAUAUAUUGAUGAACUUAAUAAUUUUUUAAAUGUCUCUAAAAACAGUUUAAAUAAUGUACUUAACACAAUAAAUUGGACUAAACAAUCUCUCCUGUCUGUUAAGGAAGUUGGAUCUUUUCAGAAUCCAGUGCAAGAUGUGCCAGUUGCUGAUCAUAAUAUCUCACAUACAAUAGAUGGAACUCUUGAAGGCCUUAACAAUGAGUCAGGUGGAGACGAUCAUCUCUACAAUGAUAUAGUGGCAUCUCUAUUAGUCAAUGAUCAACCAAUAAAAACUGACAAGAAGGAUGUUAAAACUGAAGACAAAGCAGCAGCAUUGAUUCAGCUGUUGAAAAUGGAAAGAGAUGCGAAAAGAAGAAGGAUCAGCUAUAAAAACAAAGUGCACACUAAGAAUAAAUCUCACACUGAGGUGCUGAGAGAAGUUUUAGAAGAGCAGAUGUUAACCAUAACAGGAGUGAACGGAGAUGACUCAGCAGUAUCUGCCAAUGAUAGACUUCAACCAUCUCUGAGUCAGGCUCAGGAACUAAUUGCAAUACAACCACCUCAAGGUAACCCUCAUCUGGCUUGGUUGAAUAUUCUGGAAAAAACAGAGGGUGAUAAAAAACAAUCCGAUCACCAGGCUAGAGCACAGAGGUCUGGGUAUAACAGUCAUAAAAGACAUUCUCCUGAUCGAAAAGAAAGCUCUAGAUAUGAAGAAGAAAAAGAAAGGAAAAAGCACAAGAAAGAUAGGAGAAGAAAAGAGGAAGACAAGGUUAAGUAUCGGGAAAGAGAAAAGAAGAAUGAUUUGGAUAGAAACUCUUCUCCCAACUAUGAAGACAGGCAUUAUAAGAAGAAAAAGAGAAGUCGAUCACACAGCUCUGAUGUAUCUAAUCAUCACAGACACAAGUCAAAACAUAAAAAGAAAAAGCAUUAAAUUUUAAAUUAUUACUCUUGUAUAGAUGUAAAUAAAUUUUUAUUUCUAACAUUAAUGGAAGAGUUUCAUUCAGAGAUUGGCUAUAAAAAUUUCCAUCAAUGCAAACAAAUUUCGUAUUUGUUACAUUUAACUUAUAGUUAACGUUUUGGGUUCCAUUUUCUCAUAAUAAGAACUAUACUUGCAAUUCACUUAUAUAAAUUUUCAUGUGUGCUCUUUCCUCUUAUUUUAUACUUUCCAUCAAAGGUAUUAUCCAUAGCCACCACAUCACCUGAUUAACAACUGGACAUCUUAUAGAUAGU